AUGAAUGUUACUUUUCUCACUACGCUCCUAGGCGCAGUCUCCAUCGUGAGAUAUGCUCUCGGUAUCUACUUCACCCAGACUCCAGCAACAUUCAUAUGCCUUGCGGCAUUUCUGCACCUCUUUCUACUUCUAGUCUGCCUGAUUUGGCUAUCACCGCGCUUAAGUCCUCUUCGGAAACUUCCCCUGGCGGCCCAAGGUCCAUGGUGGAAGACGUUCCUACUCGAACCCCUACCCGUUGACCUGGAGCGCUUCAUCAACGAAACUCCCAAUGAUGGGCUUAUCCGUUACUUUGGUGUUUUCCAUGGCGAACGACUGCUGAUCACUAAACCCCAAGGUGUUAAGGAGAUGACUCUUCUGCAUGCUUACAACUUCAACAAGGUCGCUGUCGCCAAAAAGCUCAUUGGACACAUCACAGGCCGGGGACUCGUUGUCGUUGAUCAGGAGGAACAUAAGCGUCAACGGAAGUCCCUGAACCCGGCCUUCAAGUUCAAGUACAUCAAGAACCUCUUCCCAAGGUUUUGGUAUCACACCACACAAUUGGUCAAUUCCUUAGAGAAAGACCUCCACAAGGAUGGUAAUCUGUCUUCAUUUGCUACAAUUGAUGUCGAUCGCUGGAUGAUGCGUGCCACCCUCGACAUUAUAGCUGCCACUGGAUUCGGGGUCAAUGUCAACGCCAUCCAGAAUCCCGACGGCGAGCUCGCCAGAGCCACCCCUCUGGCCAACUCGACUGACCCCCGCGCCUCCUUUUUCCGACUGCUGGCGUUCCUGCUUCCUCAGUGGCUGUAUUUUCGCAUGCCCAUGGCAAGACGGUACGAAAUUGACCGCAUCAACAAAGCCCUCAACGAUGCCGUUUUGCCACUCAUCAAAUCCCGAAGAGCCGCGGUUGCAGAGAAGCAAACGCUUCUCGUCAGCGCCGACGUGGAAAAGUCUCCCUCCAAAAUUGAAGAGUUUGCCGAGACGGACGUCAUUUCCACUCUUCUUCGAUUCCCACAGCCUCUCUCGGACACAGAACUAGUGGCCCAGUCAGCAACACUCUUAGCAGCCGGUCAAGAUACGACUUCCGUUGCGACGACAUGGGCGUUAUACCUCCUAGCACGCCAUCCACAAGUACAGUCCAUCUUACGUGCAGAAAUCCAUGGUCACCUCCCAGCGCCUGAUUCGGACGAGCCAGUCGACGCGGCACUCAUUGAAUCUCUUCCAUACUUAGCUGCUGUCAGCAACGAGACACUCCGGCUGUAUCCUCCUGCACCGAUCAUUCGAAGAGAAGUUGUCAAGCCUGGCACUGUCAUUCUGGGACAACUCCUACCAAUUGGGACGAUCGUGGCAGCCAGCGUCUGGGGCACCCACCGCGCGAAAGCCGUGUGGGGUGCCGAUGUGAAGGACUUCCGACCCGAUCGGUUUCUACAAUAUGGACAAGAUGGAAAGAUGAGAUUUGAUGCCCAUGGUAGUCUGCAUGGGGAAGAAGCGGCCUACAGCUUCAUCCCCUUCGGAGCUGGUGUCAGGAGUUGUAUUGGUGAACGAUUUGCCAGAGGCGAGUUUGCAACCUUGUUGGCAGGACUCAUUGGGACAUUUGAAUGGGCACUUGUCGAUCAACCGCCAGACACCGCAGAGGAUAUCAAGCUGAACUUUGGCAUUGUCACCAAACCCCAAGGCGGGUUGUCAUUGCGUGUGAGGAAGGCGGACGGCUGGUGA